GCGUGGAAGAAGGCCUGAGAGGACAGCAGCUGUCGGCCUACUCAGCUACUGCGAGCCGCUCUCGACGUGCGGUGUACCAUUUCGUAACACCUUCUUUUCCGCUCAUCUACCCAGCGCGCCAGGCGUGCCCACCCUCUCUCUUUUCCCCGUCUGACCACCAUGCGCCUCUCCGUCGGACGUCUAACGCGGGCCGUUGUCGCUCUCCUUCUCCCCACCGCCCUCGUCCACGCUACCGCCGUCCGCCGCGCGUCCACCUGCAAUGGCCACUCAGAGCUAUGCGACCGCUCCUUCGGCAACGUCACCUUCGUCGGAGCGCACGACUCGUACGCUGUCUCGAGCAUAAAUCCUGCCGCGAACCAGGAUGUCAACGUCACACAACAGCUCGAGGAUGGUAUCCGGAUGCUACAGAUGCAGACACACAACGAGAGCGGCACAAUCCAACUCUGUCACACAUCAUGCCUGCUUCUCAAUGGCGGUACUCUACAAACCUACUUGCAGAGCGUGAAGAGCUGGAUGGAUAGCAACCCCAACGAAGUCGUAUCUCUUCUCAUUGUGAACUCUUAUGACAACUUCUCGCCGGCCCAAUACGACACGGUUUUCAAGGCAGUCGGCCUCGACACACUGGCUUACUCGCCGACAUCAGCGAGCUUGACCUACACCAACUGGCCGACUCUUGGAGACCUCAUCGACAAUGGUAAACGCCUGGUUGUGUUCUUGACCACUCAAGCCGACUACACAAGUGUCCCGUAUCUGAUCGACGAGUUCAGCAACGUUUGGGAGACCGCAUACGACUUGACGACGACGACGUUCGACUGCAACGUGAACCGGACAUCGGGUAACUCCCAGGAACAGAUGUACCUCAUCAACCAUUUCUUGGAUGACGAAUACCUCGGGGUCCUGGUUCCUGACAAGUCAGACGCUGACAAGACAAAUGCCGCCAGUGGUACGGGAUCGCUGGGCGCGCAGGUCACGGAGUGUGCUGCGCAGUACAGCAGAAACCCCAACUUCAUGCUCGUGGAUUUCUACGAAUAUGGCGGCGGCUCCGUGUUCGAAGUCGCUGCAACCGCGAACGGUGUCACCUAUACCCCCUCCAACAUUGCCACCCCUGUAUCCAGCGGUGCGAGUAGCACCAGCACUUCCUCGAGCUCGAGCAAUGCUGGUGCCAUCGGCUUCCACGUCACCACAAUGCACCUGUCUGCCGUUGCUGCAGUCGCGGGCGGGUUGCUAUUCGGCGCUUUGAACAUCGUGUAACCGUGCUAAUAGUGCUCAGCUAAGAUCCAGGGGGAUCUCUCAUAUCGACAUGGACUAUUUACGCAUUUCAUAUUCGGACGCGUUCCAUUAAUGCAUUUACUGGACACCUCCACACAAAUUCAUGCUGCUGCAUGUAGCGUUCAUCUCGUACAUUCUAACGACAAACUAAGUUUGUUGCUGCAGUCUGUAGCUCGAUUCAUCACACAUAUUUCCCUUCUCCAUGUCGUCCCAGGGCCAGUGCGUCAUGAUCUCCGCACGUUCCUCCUCCGACGUAGCCUCCGUCAACGCCUCUUCCUUUGUCUGCUUGCAGAGCGCCACGGCCUCCUCGUGAGUUAGUAUGUGUGAGGAGGAGGAGGAGGAGGAGGAGAGGGGGACCCGCACGUGACAUGUGUGACCGAAUGUGACAUUGAUCCAAG